AACAAUUAUUUUAAUGUAUUUUUAUAAUUUCUAUAGAAAUAUUUGUAUAUGGCAAUACUUCAAAUAAUUAAAAAUUGUUUUUAUGUUUCAUGUGUUGCUGCUUUUUCUUCGGCGAAGUCUCAGCGAUACGAACAGGCGUCCAUUUUGCAUCGCCAUAUUGAAAUUGGUCGGACAUCUUUGGACGCCAUGUUUAGUCGGACAUAUUUUAUAAACAUUUUCGCGUAAAUUUCAAAUAUUUUUGAGCACUAAUUAUCGAAUUUUUUUUCACUGAAGUGUGUGACAUAGUUUGCAGUGUAAAUUGUCUGGAAAAAAUCUUUGCCUACGCAGCAGUCCAUAUUUGUCUCCAGGGGGCCGUGCAGCUUUUGUUAUAAGCUAAAUAAAGUCAGGCUGGCCUCAAAAUGAUGAAUCAAGAGAUAAUGUGUGAAGUGGAAAUAGGUACCCAUGGUGGUAUGGUAGAGAUAGAUGGGGAUGAACAAGUUGGUGUCAAGUAUGAAGAAAUAGAAACUGGUCAAUAUGAGGAGUACAUAACGGAUGAUCAGUAUGAAGAGGUCGAGGAACAGGUCAUUGGUAUGCAACAUUUAGAGGAAGACUAUAAAAUUUCAGUAGGCAGCGAGGAAGUUAUCCUGCCCGGUAUGCCGGGGGAGGAAAUACUACAGCACCACACAGAGAACGCGUACGACGCCGGUUACCCGACGCCAGCCUCCACGAGCAGAAGAGGUCGCGGCAGGCCCCGAGUUAAUGCGAACAACACGAGCAACAUACACCAUUUAAUGCCAAUGGGUGAAGUGCCAAUGGGUCUGAUGGAAGGUAAUACAGGGAGAGCAGCGAGACGAUGGGAGCAAAAACAAGUUCAAAUUAAGACUAUGGAGGGGGAGUUUUCUGUAACGAUGUGGGCUACGGGGGAGGACGAUGAUGACGGAUCCAAUCCUGAACCCGACCCCGAUUAUACGGAAUACAUGACGGGGAAGAAGAAUGUACUAGGAAACGAAACUAUGCCGGGUUUAGAUUUAUCAGAUCCGAAGCAGCUGGCGGAGUUUGCACGUCCAGGUCACAAGAUAAGACUUAAGAAACCGUCUCCUGAAUCCUCAGAUAGAACUAUAGCUUGUCCACACAAGGGUUGUUCCAAGAUGUUCCGCGACAACUCCGCCAUGAGGAAGCAUCUGCACACGCACGGGCCGCGCGUGCACGUGUGCGCGGAGUGCGGUAAAGCGUUUGUAGAGAGUUCAAAGUUAAAACGACAUCAGCUCGUCCACACGGGGGAGAAACCGUUCCAAUGCACGUUCGAAGGAUGCGGGAAGAGGUUCUCGCUCGACUUUAAUCUAAGAACACAUGUCCGAAUCCACACGGGAGACAGACCGUACGUCUGUCCGUUCGACAGCUGCAACAAGAAAUUCGCACAAAGUACCAACCUCAAGUCGCACAUACUAACACAUGCCAAAGCUAAAUCAAGAAACUCGCUCUCCCGCAACGGCGGUGGUGCGUACGAAUCUGCUAGGACAACACCUCAGUUCGUUCAGCUCGAAGUAUCCCCGGACGACUCUAAUCCACAACUAAUUUUUUACACCCACGAGUGAUGUGACACGGGCAUUUUAAGUGCGGAUUAAGUGAUAGUUAUAUAUAGAGUGAAUAAAUGUAAAGUGAUUUCAAGACAAUGUGAUGAAGUUUUAUAUGUACAGUUAUAUUAAGUUCUUAGCUAGCUCUAUGUUAUAUGAAGAGGAAUAAUUCAUCGGGUGUUUAAAAUAAUUGUUCAAAAUAUAGUAUAUUCCAAUGGCAAAACUAAUGUUAGAUUUGUUUACUCCAUCCGAUUUGCCAAUAGCUCUUGUUUACUAUAAAUAGUUUGUGAUUAACAUGUUUUUGAUUUUAUAAGAACACUAUUUAAAAUUAAUUUAACUUCCAAAGUUAGUAUAACUUUAAUGGCAUUAAAAAUGCCAUUUUUCCACAAGUCACUAAUGAGCCCCAUACUAUUUAGGUCUUCGACCGAUUGAAGUCAUGUCAAUUCAAAGUUAAACUAGCUUUUCUGUCAUUGGAAUAUGAUAAAGCUUUGCAGUUCAGUAGAUAUUAAUGGUUUUCAUUCAUUUAAUGCAAAGAACUUCAUAAUAUAAUAACGAUACACUACUGUGAGAGAAAAUAAGAUUAGUUCUGUUUUUUUUUUUAUGUGGUUAGGAUUUAUAUCCCCAGUGAUUCGAAGAUGUCACACUGAAGUUAGGUGAUUAAAAAAAAAACAAUUCUCUCGUAGUAAAAAACAGUAAUUUUUUUUAACUUGGUAGGUGUUGCCAUGUCAAAUAUCUAACACCGUGCAUAAUAACUUCCUACAAAUUACGCUUUUAUAUGGUAACACUAUAAUAUGUUUUAAUGUAAUUUUGUAGUUAUUAGAAAUAAUUUGUAAAAUCAUGCAUACAUAAAUAUAAGGUAAUACUUACAUCUUAGAUAUUAUUUCGUUAUGAACAAUGUCAAAUAACUUACAAUAAUAAGUUUGUCAAAUA